AGUGCGGUCCCUUCUAGUGCUACUCCCACUAAGUGUUAUCUUUCCAUGCUUCUUUAUUUUCAUAUAGCCAAAGAUUCUUCUUCACAAUCCACUCUCUUCUUCUCUCUUUUUUUCUUUUCUUGGCCUCUCCAAUAAAAUGGAGACAAAAACCUCUAUGAUCUUCUUGACCAACACCUUCUUCUUCGUCUGCCUUCUUGCACACGUCACCUCCGAGGCAUCUUCAUCAUCUUUGUGCAAUGGAUCGGUAGCAAAGUGUAGCAGCGUGGUGGAGACAGAGGAUGUGACGGUAAUAAUGGAGUCUUGGUCAAGCCAGAGGUUAACUGAGGAGCAGACGCAGAAGCUUUCGUAUGGAGCUUUGAGGAGGAAUCAGCCUGCUUGCGACGGUGGUAAACGUGGUGAGUCUUACUCUACACAAUGUCUUCCUCCACCGUCUAACCCUUAUAGUAGAGGCUGCUCUAAGCAUUACCGUUGUAGACAUGACUCUUGACCUUUUUUUUUACCAUCCAUGCAUCUUUAUGGAAUCUUUUAUGCUAUAUAUGUAACUCUAUAUACUCAUAUGUUCUUUUAUUUUGUUAGUGGAAUUUGAAUUGUUUUGGUUUGAACUGUAUAAUCUCUUUUGAAUCUUUGUAACACUUUGUGACUUUGGGGUUUCUUUUGUUAGAUUAAAUAUGUGUUGGGGUCCAAACGAAAUUCUG